UCUUUGUAAAAGUUCAACCCAUUAGGAUGGAUAACAAAAUAACAAAACAGUAUCCAGAUGUCAGUAGCAACGGUUCUCAAGAGAAUCGAAACAACUCUGGUAGGAAUUAAAUUCAAUGAAUCUUGCUUAACUUCGUUUCCUAUUCAAAGAACGGAUCACUUACAAUACAAGGAAGAGUUUCAUCGAAACGAAUUUCCCAGAAAACACUACAAGUUUCUACGGGAGACAGUUGAAGCGAAUCAUAAGCAGGGGGGAUUCGAAUAUUGACACAAAAAUACAAGAAAAUUUGAAAACAAACGAACUGAAGGAAAAUAAGUCUAAUCCUAAAACGUAAAAACGAAACAAAUAAUAUCAAUUGACACGGACAACGGAACUAUUUGUAAUUUACGAGAGGUAGAAAUAGCAGCAAAAAUAUACAAAUAUGUCUGUACUCUUGUGUAUGUAUAUCGGAUUAAUAAUUCCAAUAUUUGGUAAGCAAUUUUACGAAGGUCAUCGCUCAAAUUCGUUUAACUCAUCUGCCUCGUUUCCUAGUCAUCUGAAAUUUAAGGAUGGAUAUCAUCAGGAUAGAGUAUUUGCUACAUAUAUCAAACCAAGAACUGACUCCACGAGAACAUCACCAACAAAGAGAGUAAGAAGGAAAAGGAUGACUAUAUCUACAUCUAAAAUAACACUAUCAUUAAAAUUAAGGAAUAGAACACUUACAAUUCCAGAACAUGCGAAACAUAGCAUUUCAAGGUAUCCAGUAUCCAACAUAAGAUCUUCACCAUUAUCAUCUUCAUCAUUAUUAUCAUGGCAGCCCCAGUCGCCAACGCUAUCGUCUUCUUUAUUAACAGCACAAUUACUGUUCACUCCACCUUCUACCACUUCUUCCAUUCCGACCAACAACUCUAACUACUCAUUAACAAGCCUGUCCUCAACAUCUUCACCGUCAAGAUCGCAAUUAUCAUUUCAUCUGUCAACAGAAAAGACCAAAUUGAAACUGAGUCAAACGUUCAACAGAUCUUUUACAAAUGAUUUAGAACUCGUAUACCCAAUCAUAAGAAAUAAAAAGUCAACAAUGUCUAAAGCAACAUUCACAGCUGAAGACAGGUUGCCAAGUGAAUUAAGGCAAUCUAAUAGUAAUGAGAGCUUUAUCUACUCUAAUAACUCCAAAAUGCCGAGUCGAAUUAAUAUAUCUAUGAUAACAACAACACUUCCAAAUAAUUCGACGGUUUCUUACAAUUCAAGUGAACUUAAAACAACCACCAACAAAACAGCUGAAGAACCGAUACAAAGAGAAACAACAGGUCUUAUAAACAAUAUCAAUACUGAUGUUGCUCUUGCUCAUUCUCAAACUUCAUGCCGAAUGAAAUUGACAACAAAUGAAGGAGUGAUUGUAAAUCGGGGUUACCCUUAUGCAUAUGCAAGCUUCGAAAGCUGCGAAUGGAAAGUACAAAUUUCUCGUGAUUUUCGCAUCAAAGUGAUUUUUGAAGAUUUAGAUUUAGAAUUUAAUAAAGACGUUCUCGAAAUUACGUUCGUUGAUGAGAGCAAACGGUUCUUUCGCCGUUAUACAGGUAGAAAAUUACCACCUCCUAUGGUUCUUGAUACUGAUCAUCUGGCCUUUGUUUUCCGUUCCGACAGUAAAGGAUAUGGGAGAGGAUUUUACAUACGUUUCGAACAGACUCACCAAGAAGCUUCGGUUCAUUUACUACCAAAUCCAUUCUGCCAUGAAUUAUUGACAUCAUCAGAAGGUAGUUUGUCAACACCUGGUUAUCCUUUUUGGCAUUAUUCAAAUAGUGAGUUCUGCUCUUGGGUAAUUGCUGCUCCUGCUAACUCGGUAAUCCUUCUAGAAAUCACAGGGUUCCAGACAGAGAUAUACGACCAGUUGAGUAUUGGUAUUGGCCUCGAUGCUGCUAAUAAUUCUUCGACAGAACUUCUGAAGCUCUACGGUUUACUUGAUACUCCACAAAACACUACAAUUCCAGCUAAUGCUAUCUGGAUUGAUUUCCGAAGUGACGAAACAAUAACGGCACCAGGAUUUCGUAUUAACUAUAAAAUCAUUGAGAGAAAAAUAUGUACGUUCGAGAUAGAAGCUGGGACUUCUGUCGGUUUUAUUCAAUCUGAAAAUUAUCCGCAACCUUAUCCAUUGAAUAGCGAAUGUCAAUGGAUUAUUUAUACUCCAAAUGGAUCCAAUCUAGUGUUAGAUCUCCAUGAUUUUGAUUUACAGGAUGGUCAUGACUUCUUAUUAAUAGGCCCAGGUAGAAAUGCAUUUGUCGAAAAUUUUCACAAAUUCACUGGCAAAGGAGGAUUAGUAAAAUUAUCUAUGAAUGCGACAUCGAUGUGGCUUCACUUUACGUCGGAUCAUAUAUCUGGUGAACGAGGAUAUCGAGGAUUUAAUUUGACAUAUAUUGUGGAGAAUGAAGAAACAGCAAGUAAUGUUGAACCUGGAAACUACCACAGAGGAGAUAUUGGUUUUAUGGUGACAUUGAAUCAGACUAAUAUACCCGAAGACCAUCAACUGAUUGCAAUCAAAAUAAAUUCCUCAACUGACAAUGCACAUUUGGUAAUUCGUCUAAUGAACUUAACGUCACUGAAGGUAAAAAAUGUUUUCCGUCAGCUGCCAAUGAAUCUUAACCAUCUCUACCGGAAAUUUUGUGCUACGGUCACUAAGUUACAGUGCAACACAAUAUAUGAUAAUAUAGACAUCCUUUCCUUGACGGACAUUGCCGAUCACACGGAAAUAUCUUUUGUUGUGAGGCCGAGGAUAUCAAAUAUUUCUGCAACAAUAAACAGAGAAUUUCAAAGUUUCUUGAACAGAGAACCACAACUGAAAUCCCUAAUCCUUAAAAAUAUACAGACUGACCCUGAAAAUGAAGCAGUGAAUACGAAUUUACCAUCUCGGAUUAUAAUUAUCAUAGUAUCUGUGGUAUUUUUCGGUGUCUUCAUCAUGUUGAUGCUCUCAUAUUCCAUGCUGAGAAAGAAGGCGAAGUCUCAAUUGAUAAAUACUACACCCUUUCAAAGGCGGCAACCCAAAUCCAUUUUGGCUGAAGAAAACUUCAAUAUACCUGAAAUUAACGGUACAUCUUUCGUGAAAACCGAAGAGAACUGGGAAGAAGAGAAGGCUACUGUUUUCGAAGUAAAUGACACAUCAUCAAAACCAUCCAGUUCUGAGUUUAAUUCAUAUACAAUGUGUAACAGUAAACCUUCAAGAUCUUUUCAGGGAAAGGAAAUUCAUUGUGAAAUGAUGACUUGUAAAAUUCACAGAGAACGUCCCAAUUGUAAAACAUUUUUAUGCAUGAAUUCUGAUGAUUCGAAAAUCAAGACAACAAUUGAAGGAACCAUUCCAGUUUCUUCGGAAAGGUGCCCAAAGUAUGAUAAAAAAGUGAUGUCAGAAACAUCUAGGAAAGAUUUCAGGAGAACAUGCCGGAGAGUGGUCCAUGCAAUUGUGCUGACAAAUACUGCCAACAUCCUUUGGAAAACCCUAUCCAUUUAAAAGUCUGUGUUGUAUUACAGAAAGAUAUUUUGCUACUGCCCCUGUUCCUUCCCUUCCCCCACGCUUUCAGUCAUACUGUAACAUCUUUUAUCCUUCAGUCACCCUAGAACGGCAAGGAAUUUGGUUAGUAAAUAUAACUACUUGGGAAUUGAGAUACAGAAAACGUGGCUUCUCAGAACGAAAGCUGUGCCUGUUUUUGUAGCUGCUCUAUGUAUGAUAAAGAAGGGAUGUCAGAAACAUUUGGAU